AUGAAGGUCGUCGGGCUCGUAAGUGGAGGUAAAGAUAGCUGCUACAAUAUGAUGCAGUGUGUUGCACAUGGUCAUGAGAUAGUAGCGCUUGCCAAUUUAAAACCUCUCAGCGACUGUGGAAAAGACGAACUUGAUAGUUUUAUGUACCAAACUGUUGGACAUGAUGUCAUUCACUUAUAUUCGCAAUGUAUGGAUUUGCCGUUGUACAGACAAGAGAUCUCUGGUAAACCUUUGAAUCAAGAUAUGAAUUAUGAAGCAACAGAUGACGAUGAAACGGAAGAUCUCUAUAGGCUAUUAAUAGAAGUUUUAAAAAAACACCCUGAUGUGAAAGGUGUCUCAGUUGGUGCUAUUCUAUCAAAUUAUCAAAGGAUCCGAGUUGAGCAUGUUUGUAACCGGCUUGGAUUGACCUCACUCGCUUACUUAUGGGAAAGAGAUCAAAAAGAGUUACUAUUCGAGAUGGCCAAUGCCGAAGUCAACGCUGUUUUGAUCAAAAUAGCAGCUAUUGGAUUAAAGCCCACACAUCUUGGUAAAUCAAUUGCUGAGAUGUAUCCAAUCCUAUGUAAGAUGAACGAAAUGUACGAUUUACAUAUUUGUGGUGAAGGCGGUGAGUAUGAAACUUUUACACUUGAUUGUCCACUUUUCAAACGAAGAAUUGUUGUAGAGGAAACAGAAACAGUAAUUCAUUCAGAUGAUGCCUUCGCACAAGUUGCUUAUUUAAAAUUCAAAAAGUGUACUUUGCAAGCAAAAACACAGGAAGAACUGGAAAGAGAUAGCAAAAUUCUUCAAACCAUUGCCAAGGCAGAGUGA